AAAUUACACCCGCUGCUUAUGUAAUGCAACAAAAACACACGAGAUAUAGACUAAUAUUCGCUUGUCUGGUGAAACUUUUAUUCGUAUAUCUGUCAAACAAAGUUGGCAUCCGCCUACGUUAUGCUACAUUUGUUAAGCUGUUUAUUUGCUUCUCGAAGAUUUUUUUAAAAUUCUUUUUUUUUAGCUUGGCUCUUAUUCGUUCCCUGUAGUUAGUGCACAUUUAUACCCGGAUUAUAGGGGUUUCAUCGUGAUUUUAAAGGGUGAGAUACUGGCUGUGUCUACUACCGCACACUUGAGCACUGACUGUCAGUGCUCAGGGCGCCACACUGACAAAACCAGCAGAAUUCAGUGCACUGAAAGUACCCGGAUGGUGCACUGCAAACGGGCAAAAUAUGCAGUGUAAAACGAUGGACACUACUCGCCCUAAACGGACGCCAUCUUGGCUAGGUAGCGGAAGAGGAGGAGCCCUUUCCGCCAGCUUUUCAUUUUAUUUCUAAAACAAUGGCGGACGAGAUGGCUACGGUAGCACAAGCGGUAGACCACGAAGCUACAGACCGUAAAUGGGGUGGACCGUAAAUUCCACAUGGGGUGGAGAAAGGGGUAAACAAGGGACAAAAAGAGGGCAAGAAGUGCAUUCAUUUUUUAGUAUAAGUUUCGCGGGUAUCGCAAGCAGAUUUGCGUACGUCACUCCCGGCUUAAUUUCGCGGGUGCCGUGAACAGAUUUGCGUCCGUCACUUCCGCCAAGUGGUUAACGUAAGUGUUCCAUUUGAUACAGCACUUAUCAGCGACGGAGUGCACUACAGAUGUCAGAGCACUGUAUUGCAGUGUACUUCGUAAAGUGUCUGGUAGUAGACACAGCCACUGUCUCUUGGUGCCUGUCGUCGGGUGGUUGCUCUGCAGGGUGCACGUCUACAUUUUUCGGGGUGUUUUCGGUAGACCAAGCGGAGGCGGUCGCGUGGCGACUUUUAAACCGGGUUAAUGUCCGACAGCACCGCUGUAGGGUGGAGGGACAACACUGCCGGUUUUUACACCGUAAAGUAUUGCCGGUGUAGCUCAGGUGCGACAUUACCGUCCCUUAUCGUUUCGCGGAGCCCUCACCGGCACCCGUAGUUUUUGACUCGUGCUCAAAAAACUGUUUUUUUUUUAACUUCCAGGAAUAAAAAGACGAUCUGUUUUUUUUAAGAACACUACUUUAAAUGCAUCCACCUAGCUUUCCAAAAGCAAGAUGUAUUAACACCACAGGUGGAAAGUAAUACAUUAUGUUCAUGUUUAUUUAGUCAGAUGUCAUGGAGGUCCAGUUUAAGAUACUUAUACUUUAAGUAUGUAUAUACAGUUUAAUGUUAACAGUUACUUUGCAAAUAUUUUCUUUGUAUAUCUUGUAAGUGAAAUAUGAUUCAUUGUAUACACAUUGCAUCAAUGAUAAUAUAUAAUUCAUCUAAUAAGGUAGGUGUCAUUCCUAAUUGCAGGAGUUUUUACUUUUUAUAAUUACAGUACAGUUUGCUGAUAAUAACAAUAAUAAUAAUUGAACACACUUCUGAUAUUGCGUUGAGUACUCUAGCAGCCCUGCCAUCUAAUGAAGUGAACACUUUAUUUAUUUAUUCUGCAUUGCUUUUAUAUCUGCUUAAACGACAACCGAUGCCACCCUGAAACUAAACGAUGUAUAGGGUGCUGAGAGGACGAAGACCUAUUGGAUGAACGUGAUUCUUUAACAAGUUAAAUGUGAGGAAUUAGAACGGUAAUUGGAGGUCACAUUUGUGUCAAACUUAGCCAGUGACACACUGAAUUCUCCUUAAUAUAUGGAAGGUGUAACAUCAGUUCCUCCUCCUAUCUGAACAGUUAUCAUUUGGAAGAUGUACUUUACAAAAGUGUGCAUGGGCUGAAAUAAUCCCCAACCCUUUCCCUUAAUACCUGCCUGGCUCUGUAUUAAUUGGAGAACAUUGGACAUGAAUUUAAAAGGGUAUAUGGUUUUUUUGGUGGGUUCCAUGGGGCACCCAGAGUCUAUUUAGCCACCUAAAAAUUAAUUUAAAAUGUUCUUUUUAUGUAUGAAUUGUGUUUGAAAGCAAGUCACUGGUAGAAUAUGUACCAGAUGGGCAAACCGAACAGGCCCAAGAGUGUCGUGUGAUUACAUGUGCAAAGUCCUCACAAUUGCGGGAAGAAUGGAAUACUGUCUUUUACAUUUUUUAUUAUUUGUGCUACAUUUAACACUCAAUCAAAGCUCGGCACAGCCACAAGGCUGGAUUACAGACACUCGAACGCCCCUAGGGUCACUGUGUGGUCAUUACAUUGCAGUAAUUUGAUAAAUUUCACAUUCCCUUGAUAAUAUGCACCUCUUUUUACUUAAUGCAAACCCCUGUCUUGUAUAGGAGGGGUGUCAAACAUAUUUCAGGGGCAAUUUUGGCUCACCAAGGCUUGACUAAAAGACAAUACAUUUACUUUUAAACCAACUGGAAGCGUCUAUUGAGCGUGACCCCCGCCAAUUAGUUUAGCCUCAGGGCCCACUUGCAGUUUGUGGCCACAGGCAGCCCCGGGUCUUUUUACAAGCUCCUCAAUGGUGGCUUUAGCUGAAAGAUCUGAGGUAAUUAGCAGAAAUCCAUCAGCGUUGCAAUGAAACACAUUCACUCCCUCAGUGGGACAGAAUGUACCUGAACACGCUCUUCAGCCAGAUCACAGUUCAAGUCUUUCAGCGUCACUGCCUCCUUUUCACUUUUAUCAGUUUCCCAAGUCUUGGUCCCGUUUUAUGCAGUUGACCUGGCCUACAAUUACUGCCCUGGCAUUAUUAUGUGAGCUCUUUGGUAACGGGACCGAGAGACUAAAUGAAAGCCCGGCGACUUGAAGCUUUUCACUGUGAAGAAGCUGCGGGCACAGUACGUACUGCACACGCAGCCAUCUCAAGUGUCAUAACAUCAGACACGAAUGAGCACUAACUCUGGUCUCUCCGAUACAUCCAUAUAUAUAUGGCCUUCAAUAAAGUACUGCAGAAUGGUCACUUUGAGUCCCACCACACGAUGGCAGCAGAGUGUUUAAGGGGCCUCUUCGAUUGCAUGUCGGGAUGUGUAGCUGUUUGCAAGGAUAUGUUUUCUGACUGGGUGUCUCCAUCUGUAGUGUCCACUUUGAUAGAUUAGGGUAAGUUAAAUCAACAGAUAGUCAUAGAUUCAGUGGAAGCUGACUAGUGUGAGUCUUAAAUUUUUACCUGCAUAGAGGGGAAAUAGUAUCUUCUUGAUCCUGAUGUUUAAAUCAAAUUCUUCAAAGUGAAAUGUUCAGCAGCAACUGCUAGAUGUCUGCAUCUUUUUACACAUUAUCUAUUGCAUAACAUCAUUUGUUUUUCUGCCAGGAUAAGAGAUCAACAACAGGUAGGCACAUGAAAAGGUGUGAUGGUAAAGUCAGAUACAAUUAAUAAUCUAUUGCAGCAUUUUCUGUCUUGCAGAAGAAUACAUAUAAAGUAGUUUGAGGUGUAUUAGUAGACAAUAUACUGAACCUAAAGUGGGUCGUCGUAUAGUGACUCGCCUCUCACUGAUUCUCUGUUUCUGUUUUCUUCUCAGAUUGAACAAUGUAAUUGUGAUCGGAGGCAGCUGCUCUCCAAUGAUCGAGGACCUCACCUCCCUUCAUUAGAAUGUACUUGAUGAAUGUACCUCCUGUUGCAGCGACGCAAACAAAAUGGAGAACAUGUGGCCCGCCCGGAGGCUAUAGCCUUCCAAUCUGCUUCAAUGACUCUGACACCGAGUUGUCCACCAGAGGCACACCAAUCUCAGAUAAGGUCCAGAUGAUCAUAGAGAGCCUUCGGAACAACCAGUCCUCACUCGAGAUGAGCGACGAGAUCGAGGAAAACGUGCCAUCGGGACACCAAGGUCAUCCCCAAGUCUGCAAGGUUGCAGUGGGUUCCUACGUGGGCCCCCAAUCCAAUGCUCAAGGUCCCACAGAAAACCAACCGGCAGAUGUUGCCUCCCCAAUGAACCGUGAGAGCAGUGACUCUGACAGCGAUGAUUCUGUGGACAGAGGGAUCGAGGAGGCCAUACUGGAAUACCUGAAGGAAAGGGACGAUCAAAAACGCAAGGCGGAACAAUGCUUGGACAUUCUCCAACCGUCCAAAUUUCCCAGGAAAAGCCCACCUGUUCCCGAGGAUUCCAGACAGGUCUCUGACGGCAAUGUAUCUUUGAUUGCCAGUAGCCGGCUUCCGAAAGCUAUCAAAGCUGAGACCUCCGCAGCACCGGCCCUUGUACCGUAUACCAAAAACAGGGCCUUCCUAAGCGACAACACAGUUGAGAGAUUGGAUUCAAACAAAAGUGCAACUGACACAGGUUUAGCCUCGCCCACGGAGCAGACAAAGCGCCUCUCUAAGACAAUCGACAAAGUGCAAUGCCCGGUCACAGUCGAGGGAGAUGAAGAGUCGAGCGAUUCCAGUAGCGACGACGGCAUCGAGGAAGCCAUUCAAAGAUACCAGCGGGAGCAGAAAGAGCAGCAGAACAGGACGGGAACUGUCAAUCCAAACGCAGUCAAGGAAGAGUCCGACUCCACCAGCGACGAUGGGAUUGAGGAAGCUAUUCGUUCCUACCAGCUCGAGCAAAUCCAGGAGAAGAGUGUCCUGACGCCAUUCCUGCACAAGCAGAAACCCUUUACCAAGUCAUUCGUACCCGCUGUUGGAAGUACAAGCACGGAAAACGUGAAGAGGCACAGGCUGAGAAAGAAAAAGACCAGAGCAGAGAAAGACGCUAAAUCUCUUCAACAUCCUCCGCCUUCUCUUUUCCUUCCCAAGAGGAAUCUUUUGGAGACCUCGAUUGGGAAAGGAAAUGGGUUGCAUUUGUUCGAGGGAGGUGGUUUGAAGGAGCAACCUACCCCAGCCCCUCCAAAAGCUAAUACAACUGCGGAGCUCAUGUGCGCAGAGGCAAUACUGGACAUUUCAAAAACCGUCAUGCCCGAGGCCUUCCAGCACAGCGUGGGCCUCGGCAGUUGCACUCCUACCGAAUCCUCCUUGCAAUCUUCGCCCCCUGACAACCGCCCCGGUGAAGACAGCGAUGGCAGUUCCAUUGAUAGCGAAGAUGGGAUCGAGCAAGAAAUCCGUCAAUUUCUUGAGCAGAAGGCCCAAAUGCAAAAAGUGCAGCCCACCGCCACGACUCAAAAGCCUCAACCGGAGGAAGGGAACGCAAAAGUGGCAACUCCAAAGAAACCAUCAAGAUUGUCCCUGACACAGAGGAGAAGAUACAAAGAGGGAAACUGCAGCAUCUCCAUCACAUUGGGCACGGAUGACAAUGUCAAAAUGACAUCGCCUGAACCUGGACAAGAGUCCAGCCUAGAGGUAUUCUCCCAGGGAAGUCAAACUCAUCCAAUAAUCAAGGUGGAGCAGAGUGGAGACAAAAGCAGCUCGCUUGACAGCGACGAGGACCUUGACACCGCCAUCAAAGACCUGCUGAAAACAAAGAAGAAGUCGAAGAAAAAAACAAGAGACUUGAAGCGGAAAUCUAGGGUGUGCCCCGGGGAGGAAGAACCACAGCUGGGAAAUGCUUUAGAGACCAAAAAGUUUCAACCUCUUCUCAAGUCGAGUCUUUUGAAGAAACUAGAAAAGAGUACGGAUGACAUGAAAGACAAGGCUGGCUUGAGUAAAAAGGGCAUUUCGAGUAAGAGUAAAGAGCACGAUGAUGACCGCGAAGGAGAACCAGCAGUUGGGGGUCGAGACGCCCCGUUGCCGGUCGAUGCUCAGACUGCUCUCCAGGUGAAGGAAGACAGCAGUUCGGUGGACAGCGAUGAUAGCAUCGAGCUGGAGAUCAGAAAGUUUCUGGCCGAAAAGGCCAAAGGUUCCACCGCAGAGAAAAGCAAAGACGGGGACGUGUCGAGGAACAGCACCGCUGUGGUCUGUCCAGCACUUCGAGAUGAAGACGUCAAGCAGGAAAAUCAGCUGGCUGAGAUUCCGAGUACCAGUUCUCUCUCUGGACGGUCUCCUCUGAGGAGUCGCCCUCUUCCAACGCCACAGAGUUCGCCGCCGGACUUCUCCCAUGGCGGUGCACAGUCACGCCUGUCAUCGGUCCAGUCCUUCAGCCCGAGUCUUUUGGAGCCGGCGGACGGCGCGGGGGCCGCCAGAACCGAGCAAUGGAGGCCUGGCCGGGAAGUGUCCCCGCAGCUCGAGAGAGUUCGACCCAUCGAGGGUCCUAACCUCGCGGAGUCGAUCAAGUGGCGCCAGAGCCUCGGGCUCCCCGCGACCGACACCAGGACUACCGGCCGAUCUCCGUUCCACAUCACCUCCUCCAGAAUCAUCGGCGAGACCGCGUCUGGAGCUCCCCCGUAUCAAAGCGGGGGCCGCAAAUCGCAGACUCCGGUCGCCGCUUGGUCCUCCGCAAGAACCGGAAGAGCACCUUUCCUCUGCUCGACGGAGACGAGUGUAAAUGCCACGUUCAAGUCGCCCGUUUUGACCCAUUCGUCUGCCGCCAGGCAGCAUCCAAGGAUGCCGUUUGCACGGAGCCUCGCGCCCGGCGACAGACCACAGCGCCCCGCGGUAGGAGGAGAGACGCAGAGCAUGGUGCACAUGUCGAAGGACAAGAGCGUGUUUGUCGAACUGGAAUCGAACAGAACCAACCACGUCCAGGUGCGAAGCAGGGAGAGGAGAGAGGGAAGGGAGCCAGCGGACUUGCUAAGCGAGAUAAGAGAAGGCGAGAGCGUGGAGAUAGACGAUAGACGAGCGCGUCUCGGAAGAACUGAGGAAGAGUUUAUAGAUGAGGCAGAUUGUGAGUCAGGCAACAGGAGAAAUCCAGAGAAGAAGCAGGGCUUUCCCACAUUGUGAGUAUGGCCUCCGGCUCCCAUAGCAUCAUAAGCCACUUUCUUGAUUGCCGAUAUAGACGUUAGCUCAUUCAUUUAUAGGCUCGAAGGGAAAGUUUGUUAAUACGAUAAAAACAGGCAUUUUCUUUCUUAAAAAAAAGAAGUGUUUGUACAUUUAUACGGCUAUGUUCCACGGCACCAUCAUGACGACCUCUUUAUUUGUUUGUGCGCUCUGAGGUUCAUUUUUAUAUCAUGAAACCUUUUGAAAAGCAAUACAACGAAGAGGCAGAAUGCAUGUACCACCGUCACAAUGCAGCAUAUUUAUUUGUAGAAAAUUAUAUAAUCUCAAAUAUCUUUCAGAUUUUAUGUAUAAAAUAUAAAUAAACAACAACAAAAAAGUGGCCAAGAAAACCAACCUCAAUAUGACAAAAUAAUGAUUUAAGAUUUUGAUGUAUUGUUUUUAAUUUAAAAGAGAGACGACACAAUUUCAGCCACGGUAAUGAAAAUACAUGGUAUAUUACGACAUAUCUUACCUAAUUUACCUGUGAUAUGGAAUUUCAACCCCCUCCUUCCCCCUACACACACACGUCUUUAUGUCGUUGCCCCACACCGCUAAAGCUCUAAAUCCGAGUUCUUCUCAUGAUGAUAAUUCCAGAAAAUGACCCCACAGAUCGAGUGAGUCCUUUUCUAACUUUGUCCCAUGAAGAGAAAAAAGCCUAAGUACACUUAAAAAAAAAAAAAAAGAUUAUAUACCCGUAACACUUGAUACCGGUACAAUUUUCUUUGCCUCCUUUCCCAGACUAGCAUGGAGAUUGCAUAUCAUUCUUCCCAACGUUUGUUUCUCAGACGCAGCUCACAGACGGGAAGUUAAAGCUCAACUUUAACACUCUUAUUGGAUUUAUUACUUCAGCGACUCAAGUGUUGUUCUAGAUGCCACCGAAAACUACAUAGUUACUCCUCUCUGUUUUUGCUAAACUUGAUAUUUAGUGUGUUUUCAUUUCUUUGUCAAGUCUAAAGUUUUUUUCCUUUGUGAAAAAAGCUUAUUUAUUUUGUUUAUAUUUAAAAAGAAAAGUUAAAAAAAAUACUGAACAUGCUGUGCAUUGCCAGUUUUUGUAAAUAUUUUGUAAGAAGUGUUUUUUUUCUUGUUUUUUUUUCUUUGACUUUCAGAAAAACAAACGUGAAUGAAAAAAAUGAAGCUUUUGCUGUGUCUUUGAAUGCAUCUGUGUAAUAAAGAGUGGAAUCCGAGAGACAA